AUGGCCACCUUUCUAUCCUCACUGUUGCUCUCCUCGGCCGCGUCACCGGCCUCGUGCGACGACGGGGUGGGAAAGACGGCACUGAUGCGAGCCGCAGAGCUCGGCGAUGUCAGGACCACCGCGACAAUCGCCAACGCGAUCCCUCGGUCACACCUCAAUAUCCAGGAGCUGACGCAUGGUUGGACGGCGGUUCACUACGCCGCCGCGAGCAGCAACGGGCGCGCCGUCCUAUCCACCCUCAUCGAGCACGGCGCGGAUAUUGACGUCCCUUCUUGGACUGGCCAUUCGCCGCUGCACGUUGCUGCGGAGAGAGGCCACUCUCAACUCGUCACGCAGCUCCUGCGGGGUGGUGCUAACCUCACGCAGAGGACAACGGCGGGUGAUACUCCGCUCGUGCUGGCCGCGCGCUUCGAGCACAAAGCCACCCUGCUCGCUCUCGCCAAGGAGUACGCGGAGGAGGGCUCUGAGUCCAGGAGGGUCAUCGCAGAGCAGCCACCCUUGAAGGCCGCCGCCCAGGUCGCUGGCCGGUGGCUGCACCGCGGAUUCCUCACCCAGCUUCCGUUUCUGCCUAAAAUAUUUGAUUCUGUCCGUCCGAUUCUCGCCUUAUCAGAUUCUGUCGCGCGAGAUCUCAUGGGCGGUGGCAUGGUGGAGCCAGAGCAGUGCGCGGCCGAUCUUAAUUCUGGGCAGGCGGUCUCCCAUUCCCGCGGGCGCUUGGUGCCGGGGUUUGAACGGCAUGCCGGCGUCAGAUGCAGCUUGGCGCCGGCCUGA